UAAAUAGUACGAAAAUGCAUGGUACUUUAAUGCUAUAAUAAUUACGCGUUCGACGAUUAAGAAUAUGCAAAAACUGCGUGGUUUCAACUUGAUCUGUGUAUGACAAGCUGCCAAUUUGAUUAAGCUGGAAUAAUAAUCCUACGUUUGAGCAGUUGAAAGAAUGGAGUUGCACAAAUCUUUUCUGAUAGACUUCCUAGCGGGAGGUCUAUCCGCAGCGAUCUCAAAGACUGCAGUUGCUCCUCUGGAGAGAGUAAAAUUGUUGCUGCAAGUCCAGCACACCUCGAAGCAAAUAAGUCCUGAACAGCGAUACAAGGGUAUGCUCGACGCGUUUGUACGUAUACCUAAAGAAACGGGAUUCCUGAGUUUCUGGAGAGGCAAUCUUGCUAACGUCAUCCGAUAUUUUCCAACUCAAGCACUUAAUUUUGCGUUUAAAGACAAGUUUAAGAUUUUUUUCUUGGGCGAUGUGCCGAAAGACGCAUUUUGGAGACAACUUGCUGGGAAUUUAGCGGCUGGUGGCGCGGCUGGUGCCACUUCGCUUCUGUUUGUAUAUCCACUUGAUCUUGCCCGUACUAGAUUAGCCGCCGAUGUUGGAAGAGGCAAGAAAAGGGAAUUUAAGGGUAUAAACGAUUGUAUAUUAAAGAUUUUUAAAUCAGAUGGGUUUCUUGGGCUAUAUCGCGGUUUUAACGUUAGCGUACAAGGGAUUAUUAUAUAUCGGGCAACAUACUUUGGACUUUACGACACUAUGAGAAUUGCACUACCUGAUCCUAAAAGCACACCAUUGUACAUAAAUUUCUUAAUUGCCGAGAUAGUAACGACGAUAGCAGGCAUCGUGUCCUAUCCUUUUGAUACAGUUAGGAGACGAAUGAUGAUGCAGUCAGGACGCAGUAAGACUGACAUCAUGUAUAAAAAUACGCUUGAUUGUUGGAUAAAAACAGUGAAAAGUGAAGGAACCGGAGCUUUCUUUAGAGGCGCAUUUUCUAACAUUCUUCGUGGUACUGGCAGUGCUCUGGUUCUAACGUUAUACGAUACAAUUAAAGACUCGAUCGAAAAAGCAAUCUCAAAAAAUUUAAGAUCUUAAGAAUUUAAUGAGUUAUAUCGCAAUAAAAAUCAAUAAAUCAUAAAUAUUUAUAAAUACAUUAAUUUACUAGUAGUAAUUAUGAAUCGCAUUUAAAUUUAUACAUAAUCAAGAAUCUUUUUAUCUUUCUGAAACAAUAAAUAUUUUCUCAUUAUUUUACCAAAAAAUAGAAAAAAAUGAAUUAUAAUUUUUAUUACCGUUUAGUGUAAAAAUAGGAACCAUAUCACGGCAACAUAAUCUUUGGAGAAUUUAUUUUAUUAUUAUAUUUAAUCGACGUUGUGGAUAUACAUAACUGGAUAUAUAUUAACAAACGUUAAACUUAUAUUUACUUAUGAAUAUUCCUGAUGCAAAAAUAAAUAUACAUUUUGGAAUGCGCUCAAUUAAUAUACAUUUUAUUAUAUAAUAUACUAAAAAAUAACUUAUAAAAUUUUUACAUAUAUAGAUUUGUGUGGUUUAAUAUUAUAAUAUAUCAGCCAUGACAUGAUAUAGUCGGUCAGACAUUUUACAAAAGUAAGCUUUUCGCACAAACUACUGAUGUUUAAUAAUUUCUUAUUAUCUUAGUGCAGUAGUAUAUCUUUGUCGAUACAAACUCUAUUUGCACUU